UUCAGGGUUAGCCAAUGGAAUCGGACCAAAUUCCUGCUUUCACGUCAGUGCGUGAAAGGAGCUACGGCAAUCAUGAGCUAAUUGUUCAGUUACGCAUCCACCGGCUAUUUCACAUCUGAGUUAUUUAUCCUGCAUCCGGAGAGUCACGUUUAAGAGCACAGCAUCAUGGGUGAACCACAACAGGUUAGUGCGCUGCCUCCUCCACCUCUGCAGUACAUUAAAGAGUACACAGAUGACAACAUCCGUAAAAAUCAGGCACCUAAGCCACCACCACCAAUCCGAGACAGCUACAUGAUGUUUGGCAACCAGUUCCAGUGUGACGACCUCAUCAUUCGGCCUCUGGAGAGCCAAGGCAUUGAGAGGCUCCAUCCAGUGCAGUUUGAUCACAAACGGGAGCUGAAGAAACUCAACAUGUCCAUUCUUGUCAACUUUCUGGAUCUGCUCGACAUUCUUAUCAAGAGCCCUGGCAGCAUAAAGCGCGAGGAGAAACUGGAAGACCUUAAACUUUUGUUUGUUCACAUGCAUCACCUUAUAAAUGAAUACAGGCCACACCAAGCCAGGGAAACACUGAGAGUGAUGAUGGAGGUGCAGAAAAGACAGAGGCUGGAAACAGCUGAGCGAUUCCAGAAACAUCUGGACAGGGUGGUGGAGAUGAUUCAGGGAUGCCUGGCCUCCCUGCCUGAUGACUUACCACAGAUGGAGGUUCCUGAUGGUGAUGGGCAAAGGAUUGUAUCUGCAGCAACUAUUGUUGGUUGUUCCUCUGUACAGGCACCCAGACUUAAAACUGAACCUAUGGAUGUAGAGGAAGCAGGUGCCAGCUGUAUGGCAGUAGGUCACCAGGACAAGAACAGCCCUACUUCAAAAAGAGAAAAAAUAUGGGACAAGGAUGCUGCCAUGUGCAGUAUUAUUGAUGAAAUUGCAUAGAUUUUGUUUGAUAGACAUGUUUUUUUUGUACUCCACAACCUUGCUUGUUUUUGAAAUAUGCUGUAUUUGGUGUACAUUUAAAGUUCUUUGCUUUUAGAGGGGGAGGGGGGUACAGUCUUAUCAGUUAGCGUGCGAAAUACAAGUUUUCUAAAGGAAAAAAAAACAAUAAAAGAAUUUCCAUUUGCAGCAGGAGUACAAAGUU